AUGGAGCAUAACAAAUUCGAUAGAAAUGGCAUGGUUUUAGACAGACGGCGAUGGAAAAGUGAAUCUCGCCUGAAAGAUAACAUCAAAAGAUUGUCCACACUCACCAAUUUUAUUUUUUUGUUACUUUUUGUGUCACUGAUUACUAUUGUUGUUCGGUUACAAAGAUUUAUCUGUAGGGAAGAGUUUUCCCAGAUUGCGGACAAUAAUGUCAAAAAUGGGCAGAGUUCGUACAAAGCCUUACUUAUCAACUCCCUCUACAUCACAAACGCAGCCCUUCUGCUACUGCUCCACUUGUUAACAACAAAGGUUUGUUGUUCAAAGAAGAAAGAUGCAACUUAUGCCCAAAAGAAAAGGCAAGUAUACGGGUUGUUGAGCGCGCAGUUGAUCACUAUGUUUUUAUUUUCUGAUUUCUGGUCAACGUUGAAUGAGUACGAAACAAAAUCAAACUUGAAAAACGCUUGGAACAGCAUUCAGGAAGAAUUCCAUUGUUGUGGAGUUGACAAUUAUACCGACUGGUUCCAAAAAAGAUUUGUGAGCCAAAACAGAGAAGAACAAACGAAGAUUAAAAAGAUGGAGAGUGCCGCCACAACAAGCCCUAGAACGAUGGAUCAACUUCCAAGCAGUUGUUGUGACCGCGGAUCUUCUUUCGACUUGUGCGCGCAAAAGGAAUUAAACUCCAUAUCAAAUACAACUAAUUUUAGGCGGGGUUGUUUAGAAUCAAUCAAAAGCUAUCUACAAUACACUUGGUUUCAAUGGGCUUUUGUGACUUUACUCUUGGCGCUGAUAAAUGAAAUGAUCAUGUUCAUUGGACUAAUCGUCUACUUGCAUACCCUCAGCGAUUAUCGACUACUCAAUGACAAUGAUGACAUGGAGAAUACAAUCAACUAUGGAAACUCGCCCGAUACAAAAAGCAGCAGCAGUUCGGAAAGCAGCGUUUUAAGCAACGCAAAUCAAAACGCCAACAACAAUAAAAGUAGGUCAUCAAAUUCGAAAACCAAUUGUUCCAGUGAAUCUGUCACGAGUUUCGCGACUUUGAAAACAUUACAAAAUAAUCAGACAUUUUUAAAAAAUGAACUGAUGGAAAAUUUCAAUUCCAAUAACAAUGACUGCAAAAAUGAUACAAAUCCAACGUUAAAAGAUGCAUACAUGCAAAACGCUCAGGCACAAAAAAAUUCAAAGGGCACUCUUAAAAAGCAAAAUAUUGAAAAUGACGUGAUAGAAACUCGUCUCUCAAAGAGCAUUUCCAUUCACGAAAACGUGGCUGACAAAAACCAUUGUUUGCUAUUAAGCAAUAAAAAUGUAUUUGAUAUGCUUGCUGGAGGAAAAGAAAAACUGACCGCAAAAGAAAACCAAAAAAAUCUUCGAAAAAAAAAAUCUCGUCAUGAAGACAAAAAUAACAUAAAAAAUAAAAUUUACCAGCAAAUAGAUAAAAGUGAUCAUAUUAUGAAAGAAAAUAAACAUAACUUGAUCGCUUAUAACAAAUCACAAAACUCUUCCCCCGAAGCCGAUGCCGAUACCGAAGUUGAAACUGUAACCACCGAGUCGACAGAAGUCACUGAAACAACUAGUGAAGGGGGGGAUGGUGCAGAAGGAGAUCCUAGCUCCAUGGGUGAAGAUGAAGAAGAAGGGGAAGGAGAAGAGGGAGUGGAGGAAGAAGAAGAAGAAGAAGAGGGAGAACCAUUAUCAGAACUAGAACUAGCAAAAAAGGAAGGUAAAAGAAUGAAAAAAGAUGCUAAAGCAAGGGCAAAAGCAUUAAAAAAACAAGCAAAACUAGAAGCAAAAAGGCUUAAAAGGGAAGCAAAACUAAGAGCAAGAAGACUUAUAAAAGGAGUGAAGGAGGGGCAAGAAGGGGAGGGGGGAGAAGGGGAGGGAGAAGAAGAGGAAGAGGAAGAAGAAGAAGAGGAGGGGGAGGAGGAAGAAGAAGAGGAGAAGGAGGAGGGAGAAGAAGAGGAAAAAGAAGAAGAGGAGGAGGAGGAGGAAGAAGAGGAAGAAGAAGAAGAGGAGGAGGAGGAAGAAAAAGAGGAUGAAGAAGAAGAGGAAGAAGAAGAAGAAGAAGAGGAAGAAGAGGAAGAAAAAGAAGAAGAAGAAGAAGAGGAAGAAGAAGAAGAAGAAGAAGAGGAGGAAGAAGAGGAAGAAGAAGGAGAAGAAGAAAAAGGAGGAAGAAAACAGUUGACAGGUCUAGCGUUAGCAAAAAUGAAGGCUAGAAAAAUUAAAAAAGAGGCCAAAGCAAGGGGAAAAGCAUUAAAAAAACAAGCGAAAAAAGGAGCAAAAAAACUUAAAAGGGAUGCAAACGCACGUGCAGAAAGACUUAAAAGAGCAGCAAAAAAUCGUGCUAGAAAAGAUCAAAGAGGGCUAAAACGAGGAGCAAAAAAAAUUCAAAGAGGUGGAAAAAGAGGUGCUAAAAAAAUCCAAAGAGGAGCACGAAGAGGGGCUAAAAAAGUCCAAAGAGGAGCACGAAGAGGUGCUAAAAAAAGUCAAAGAGGAACACGGAGAGGUGCUAAAAAAAUUCAAAGAGGAUCACGAAGAGGUGCUAAAAAAAUUCAAAGCAGAGCACGAAAAGGUGCUAAAAAAAUCCAAAGAGGGGCAAAAAGAAGUGGCAGACAAAGUAAAAAAGGUGCUAGACAAUUAAAAAGAGGAGCAAAACGAGGGGCUAAAAAAAUACAAAGAGGUGCUAAAAGGGGAGGUAAAAAAAUUCAAAAAAGAGUAAAGAGAGGUGCCCGAAAAAUUCAGAGAGGAGCAAAAAAAGGGGUUAAAAAAACUCAGAGAGGAGCUAAAAGAGGUGCUAAAAAAGUUAAAAGAGGAGCUAAAAAAGGUGCUAAAAAAACUCAAAGAGGAGCCAAAAAAGGUGACAGACAAAUUAAAAAAGGUGCAAAACAACCGAAAAAAGGAGUAAAAAAAGGAGCUAAAAAAGGGGCCAAAAGAAUUCAAAAAAGUGCCAAAAAAAGUGCAAAACAAAUCAAAAAAGGAGCCAAAAAAAUUAAAAAAGGAAUGAAAAAAGGCGCGAAACGAAUUAAAAAAUCUGCAAAAAAAACCGGUAAAAAAAUUAAAAAAUCUGCAAAAAAAACCGGUAAAAAAAUUAAAAAAGGUGCCCAAAAAAUUAAAAAAGGGGUAAAGAAGGGAGCCAAAGCAAUCAAAAAAGGAGUUAAAAAAGGCGCAAAAAAAGUGAUGAAUACUAAAUAUGGCAAAAAAUUAACGAAAUCUGCAAAGAAAACAGGUAAAAAACUUAAAAAAGCAGGACAAAAAAUUAAAAAAUCAGCCAAAAAAACCGGCAAAAAGAUUAAAAAAUUAGGUAAAAAAAUUAAAAAAUCAGCUAAAAAAACCGGUAAAAAGAUUAAAAAAGCCGGACAAAAAAUUAAAAAAUCAGCCAAAAAAACAGGCCGAAAAAUUAAAAAAUCGGCUAAGCAAACUGCCAAAAAUAUUAAAAACAUGAAAAGAUUAAGACUUGUCUAUAAGUAA